AUGAGUGCAUUAAUGAAAGUUGCAAUUUCUCGAAGCCCUGCUUCAUUGGCUUCAUAUUUAUACAAAAACCUGCACUUCUCUGCCGGUGCGGCUGCAUCACUUAAAGAUGCAUCAGCAAAUAGCAAUAUGACAAAAUCCUACACAGUAAUCGACCACAAGCAUGAUGCACUGGUGAUUGGUGCCGGUGGUGCUGGUCUUAGAGCAGCCUUUGGUUUAGUCCAAGAAGGCUUUAAGACAGCUGUUGUCACUAAACUGUUUCCAACGAGAUCUCAUACUGUAGCUGCUCAAGGUGGAAUCAAUGCUGCUUUAGGUAAUAUGGAGGAAGAUAAUUGGCUGUGGCACAUGUAUGACACUGUCAAAGGAUCUGACUGGCUUGGAGAUCAGGAUGCGAUUCACUAUAUGACUCGCGAGGCUCCUCAUGCAGUCAUCGAGCUCGACAACUAUGGCAUGCCUUUCUCCCGAACGCCAGAAGGCAGGAUCUACCAACGUGCGUUCGGCGGUCAGUCGCUCAAGUUCGGCAAAGGUGGCCAGGCACACAGGUGCUGUGCAGUCGCUGAUAGAACGGGCCACUCUCUGCUACACACAUUAUACGGACAAUCUCUUCGUUACGACUGCGAAUACUUCAUUGAAUAUUUCGCGCUUGACCUACUCAUGGAAGAUGGAGUCUGCAAGGGCUGCAUUGCGAUCAACCUCGAGGACGGCACUUUGCACAGGUUUCAAGCGAAAAACACUGUCUUGGCCACAGGCGGCACUGGACGCUCGUACUUCAGCUGCACUUCAGCUCACACCUGUACGGGAGACGGCACGGCAAUGGCGGCACGUGCAGGUCUACAGAACGAAGAUAUGGAGUUUGUACAAUUCCAUCCUACGGGCAUCUACGGCGCUGGUUGUCUGAUUACUGAAGGCAGCCGUGGUGAAGGUGGUUUCCUCGUAAAUGCCAAAGGUGAAAGGUUCAUGGAGCGUUACGCUCCGGUCGCAAAGGACUUGGCUAGCCGUGACGUGGUAUCAAGAGCCAUGACUGUGGAGAUUAUGGAAGGUCGCGGUUGCGGUCCUGAAAAGGAUCACGUACAUUUACAACUGCAUCACCUACCCCCGGACCAACUGAAACAACGUCUCCCAGGCAUUUCGGAAACAGCCAUGAUCUUUGCAGGCGUCGACGUCACAAAGGAACCUAUCCCCGUGCUACCUACAGUACACUACAACAUGGGAGGCACACCAACUAACUACCGAGGAGAGGUGAUAACCCACUACAAUGGUCAGGACCGCGUGGUACCGGGUUUGUUCGCGGCAGGCGAAGCUUCCUGCGCAUCAGUGCAUGGCGCCAAUCGUCUCGGCGCUAACUCUCUGUUGGACAUCGUCGUAUUCGGCCGCGCAUGCGCUCUUACUGUAGCUGAAACCAGCAAGCCGGGUGAUGCUCAGGGACCUCUGAAGGACUCUACUGGUGAAGCCAGCAUCGCCAACCUGGACCGCAUUAGAUACGCUAACGGUAACAUCUCAACAGCAGACCUUCGCCUACGCAUGCAGAAGUGCAUGCAGACUAAUGCUGCUGUCUUCAGGCAGAAGAGCACGCUCGAGGAAGGCCAGCGUCAAAUCCACGACAUAUACAAGCAGAUUAAAGACGUGAAAGUAUCCGACAGAUCCUUGAUCUGGAACAGCGAUCUCAUCGAGACGCUGGAGCUACAGAACUUGCUCAUCAAUGCAGUGCAGAUAGUGGAAGGUGCCCUCGCCAGGGAGGAGUCCCGAGGUGCUCAUGCUCGUGAGGACUUCAAGACUAGACGAGAUGAGUACGACUACUCCAAGCCUCUAGAAGGACAGACCAAACUUGACUUCGAGCAGCACUGGAGGAAGCAUACUUUGGCAAAUACCGAUGGCGAAACAGGCGAAACCAAGUUAUCCUACAGACCUAUACACUUAACCAUACGUAAAUUCAUCUCAACAUGGGUGCUGACUGAGCUUUCGCACUGGCAGCGUACGUACUCGCUGAUUGCUUAG